AUUCGAUGUCGUUUUCAGCCUUGUGUAUGCGACCGUCGAACGGACCGCAGGUUACGUUCCUAACCUAGUCGGCUAAUCGAGGACCACGCUGCUACGUGUUCCAAGCAACGGCUGCACGCAAUUAAUACACAUGUGCUUAUCUAUGAAAAGAAUGAAUAUUUUCUAAAUCAAAAUGGGGAAAAAGACGAAGAUUGGAAAGCAGAGAAAAGACAAGUACUAUCAGUUAGCCAAGGAAACAGGUUACAGAUCGCGUGCCGCUUUCAAGUUGAUCCAGCUAAAUCGGAAGUUUGAGUUUCUUCAAAAGUCCAGAGUAUGCAUCGACCUGUGUGCCGCGCCUGGCGGUUGGAUGCAGGUCGCCAGGCAAAAUAUGCCGGUCUCGUCGAUACUCAUCGGCGUGGACUUAUUCCCGAUAAAGCCUAUCCCGGGGUGCCUCAGUCUCGUCGAAGACAUUACAACGGACAAGUGUAGAGUCGCUAUCUCGCGUGAAUUGAAAACGUGGAAGGCCGACGUCGUUUUGAACGACGGUGCGCCGAACGUGGGGAAAAGUUGGCUUCACGACGCGUAUCAGCAAGUCACCCUGACAUUAUCGGCGCUUAAAUUAGCCACCCAAUUCUUAAAAGCUGGUGGAUGGUUUAUAACCAAAGUAUUUCGAUCGAGGGAUUAUCACUCGUUGCUUUGGGUGCUAAAACAAUUGUUUAAGAAGGUACAUGCCACUAAACCUCAGGCCUCGCGUAGCGAGUCUGCAGAAAUUUUUGUCGUUUGUCAAUAUUAUAUUGCUCCUGACAAAGUAGAUCCCAAGUUCUUUGAUCCGAAGUACGUCUUUUCUGAAUUGCAACUAGAAUCUACGAACACGUUCAAUGUUCUUCAUCCAGAAAAGCAGAAGAAAGGGAAAGUGGAAGGAUACCCUGAGAACGAUUACACGUUGUAUCAUAAAUUAUCCGCGAAAGAGUUUAUUGCCUGCGAGGAUCCAAUAGAAGCUUUGCAGAAUGCUUCGGAAAUAGUGAUAGACGACGAUGUUAUCGACAAGCACGAGAAGACGACGAAAGAAAUUCGAGAAUGCUGCAAAGAUAUUAAGGUACUUGGGCGAAAGGACUUGAAGCUUGUACUCAAUUGGCACAAGGCGUUACAUAAGACGCAAGCUGAAGCGAAUGAAAAAACGGAGAAUACAGUUGGAGAGGAAAUUGCCGCCGCGCCCGCGGCUGUUAGUCUCGAAGAACAGGAGGAUUUGGAGGACGAGGCGAUUCAAAAGCAGAUCUCCGAGCUCCGGGAGGCAGAGACUAAGGAGCUGAAGCGCAAAAAGAAGAAAGUUAACAAAGAGCGGCAGAAGUUGAACGAGCGUCUCAAUCUCAAGAUGGUUCACAAGAACGACAUGGGGCCUAAAUUGGAAGGGGAGGAUUUGUUCAAGUUAGGUCAGAUUCAAACCUAUCAACAAUUGGAGCAAGUUACAGAUCAAACGCCUGACAUCUUAGCGGAGAGCGACGUGGACUCGGACGAGGAGAGCAAACCGAAAACGACUCAUUACGAGAAAGAUACGGGUCAUUUGGACAGCAAGGAUUUGUACUACAAAUCGGAAGACAGCGAGGAAAGUGACUCCAACGCAUCGGACGACGAUACAGACAGCGAAAAAUCUGGGCUAGGUUUGGACGAUUCAGAGGAUGAAAGCCCAAAAGAACGGCGAAAGAAGCAACAACUUAAAGAUCCCGAGAGCAACCCGUUGUUAACCGAUCUAGAUUUCCGGGACAAGGAAGCCAAAAGAGCCCACAAAGCAGCGCUCUGGUUUGAGAAAGACGCGUUUAAAAACUUGGAGAACGAAGACGACGCGGAUUACGAAUUGGACAAAAUGAUCGAGCAGUACAAGAGGAAGGGCGGACACGUCCUCGGGGAAGAGAAGAAAGUACAGGAGACCGUGAACGAGGAGAAGAAGCGAAGACGCAGCGUCAGCGAAAGUGACGAUACAGACUCGGAUUACGACGUGGAAGAAAUGAUGGCGCCCAAUAAAAAGGCGAAAAAGAUCGGCGGAAAGGACGGCUUUGAAGUAGUGCCGCAAGAAACAGAUAAAAGGCCGAGGAAGAAAAAAUUGUCUCCCGAGGAUUUGGCACUCGGGUCGUUGCUGAUUCAAAGUAAAAAAUCACGAAGGGACUUGGUGGACUCGGCUUGGAAUAGAUACGCGUUCAACGACGAUAAACUACCCGACUGGUUCGUGAAGGACGAGGAGAAACACAUGAGGAAGGACGUGCCAGUACCUAAAGAACUCGCCGACGAGUAUAAAAAGAGGGUGGAGGACCUGAAUGUAAGACCUAUUAAGAAAGUAAUGGAGGCUAAAGCCAGGAAAAAGAAACGCGCUAUGCGCAAGCUUGAGAAGGCCAAGAAAAAGGUGGAGGCAUUGAUGGAUAAUGUAGAUAUCAGUGAAAAAGAGAAGGCUAGGCAAGUCAGAGCGUUGUACAAGAAAGCUCGCCAGGAGCCGAAGAAGGAAGUAACAUAUAUCGUGGCGAAGAAACACACUGCGCAAAAACGGUCCGUUCGACCGCCCGGUGUGAAAGGGCGAUAUAAAUUAGUCGAUCCAAGGCUGAAGAAAGAUUUACGUGCGGCGAGAGCGAAAGAAAAAACUAAGGGACGUGGCAAGAAGAGUCGCGGCGAUAAUCGAAGCAAAAGACCGAGGGCCAAGCCUAAGAACAUGCGGGGGAAGAGUAAAUAAUCCUCGCGCUCUAGGAUAUUUUUGGGAACUCUAUCUUGCAUUUAUCUGCAUAAUCCACUCGCGGGACAUGUAAAUAAAGAUUGCUUCCAUUGCAGA